GUAACGGAGAUUCGGUUAACUGAUUGGUGCCUUUGUGCUCUCUCUCUCUCUCUCUCUCUAUGACCCUGUCCUGCUGCUGUCCGUAUGUAUCCUCUCUCCCGUAUAACCUGAAACAGUAGCGUGGUGAAUUUCAUAGGAAAAUCAGCUCGUUGACGGGUCUUAUUCUCCCUCUCCCUAUAUAGUCUUAGACCAACCAAUUAUAGAUAGGCUUUCGGACUUUCUCUCUCUUUCGUUCUCUUGUUUCGCGCUUUUUGAGGUUUCUGGAAAUCCUUUUUGGUUGGUAGCUAUAAUGCUUGGAUUGGUGAUCUUUUUCCUGGUUCUUUUGGAAAAUCGGUUAUUGGGUUUCUCCAUGAAGGAGUUUCGGUAGUAAGGAUUUGGGUUUUUCAUGCGCAGGAAGAUUAUGUGCUAUUUGUACUGUUCUCCAGAGUUUUUCUUGCUUGUCUAUGGGAGAGCCGCGUGGAAGAUACUCUGAUAGUUAGAGUCUGAUUGGUGUAUGGAUGAAUUGGAAGGAAUUGUUGUGGUUUAAGAGCUGGGUUGUGGCUAUUUUCCGUAGUUAGAGUCUAUUGUUGAUUGCAAGAUACUGGGAGUGCUUUGAAUUUUGUUGUCUGAAGGGGGUAUAUUUGUGUGGGGAAUUCGGUGGUUUAAGAAUUGGGUUGCUUUCGUUUUUGAUUGUAUGAGGUCUCUGGCAGUUCAACUGCUAUCUAUUUAGUUGAAGAAAGGUCUCAGAGUCUAAUUGCUUCCGAGAAAAGAGGUGAUAGAGCUUUCUGAUCAUCGUUCUGGUUUUCACGGCACGGGAUCUAAGACAAUCCCCUUUUUUGAAUGGGGUCUGAUGUUGCUGAAGUAGUUGAAAACCUGCCAGAUCCUUCUUCCUUUAAGGUGCAUUUUUUAGUGUGCACAGAACUUUUGAAAUUGGUUGAUAGGAUAUCAAGAAUAUUUCCUUCUAUUGAAGCGGCUCGCCCUCGAUGCUCAUCAGGAAUACAGGAACUAUGCUUGUUAAACAGUGCAAUUGACAAAACCAAGCUACAUCUUCAGAAGUGCAGCGACUCUAACUCUAGUAAAUUUUACCUGGCAGUAACAGGGGAUGCAGUAGUCUCGCGCUGUCAAAAAUUAAAUAAUUUGUUGGAGCAACGUUUAGGCCAAAUUAAAACUAUGGUUCAACCUGAGUUGGCUGCAGAGAUCUCUCUCAUCAUGGAUGAUCUUAGGAGAGCAACGUUUACCCUGGGCACAUCUGAAGAAGAGGCUGGUAAGGCUUUGCGAGGAUUGCUCCAGCAGGGCGAUUUUGCAUCAGAUUCAAUGGAAAACUCUCAAGUUACAGCUCUUCAAUUGGCAGCUUCAACACUUCGUAUUACAUCCCCAAAGGCUAUCUUGAUAGAGAAACGAUCUAUCAAGAAGCAGCUUGAUAAGGUUGGUGAUAGUGAUCCAAGAAAAACAAGGAUUUUAAAGUAUCUUUUGUAUCUAUUGAAGAAAUACGGAAAGUUAAUCCUGCAAGAGCAAUCGAGUCAUGACCGUGUUCAGAAUGAAGGAGCAUUUGCUUUUGAGAAUGGCAGAAAUGGUUCUGCAUAUAGCCAGCCUGUUGAUGUGGAAUCACGUAUAGGAAAUGGGCAGCAUGAGGCUCAAGUCGACAUCCUAAGGAGAACUAUACCUCCUGAUGAAUUCAAAUGUCCUAUAUCUUCAAGAUUGAUGUGUGAUCCUGUUGUCAUUGCAUCUGGACAAACAUUUGAGAGGACAUACAUACAGAAAUGGUUUGAUGAGGGUAAUGAGACAUGUCCAAAGACAAAAAUGAAACUGGUCCAUCUGUCAUUGACUCCAAACACGGUCAUGAAGGAUUUAAUAUCAAAGUGGUGCGUGAGGUAUGGAGUCACCAUUCCUGAGCCAACUAUGCCACGACAAGUACUUCAUUCUUGGGAAACUUCCUCCACUUCCAUUGCCAGCUUUGGCAGUUCUAUGAAUGAUCUACGUCUUCCUAUGGAUAUCAGCAAUAUGUCACUUGGAUCUUUAGACACUAGUUACACUUCGGAUUCAUCCUACACUAGGAUAGCAGAUGGCCUAAACUUGAUUCCUAUGCAGACAAAACGUGAGCACAAAUGUCAAUCUUAUGGAACUAUGCAUGAGGAAGAUUUGGAAUUUCUAUCUAAACUGGCUGGACUUCAAUGGGAAUCCCAAUGUGAAAUUGUUGAAAAUGUCAAAAAGUAUCUGGAUUACAGCGAAGAAGCUUGUCAAUUUACAUCAUAUGACAAUUUUGUUGAACCACUAGUUAGGUUUUUGGAGGAUGCACAUGGCCUGCGUGAUGUAAAAGCUCAAAAAGCUGGAUCUCAAUUGUUGUUGGCAUUUGUGAGCAAAGACAGGAGUGGUAUCUCGUACUUACGUGAAGAAGCAUUUAGUCUCUUGGCCACUUUUAUCAUUUCAGAAAUAACAAAAGAAGCUCUAGAAAUAUUGGAAGUAUUGUCUGGCCAUCCGGAUUGUAGAGCUAAAAUUGAAGCAUCUGGUGCUUUAACGUCCAUCCUGAAGAUGCUUGACUCUAAUAACAGAGAUUUCCAGGAAUUGGCCAUUAAAAUUCUGUGCAAUUUGUCCUCAAAUAGUGAUAUUUGCUCCCACAUUGUAUCUUUGGAAUGCAUCCCAAAAUUGGUUCCUUUCUUAGUUGAUAGCACUGUUGCAGGCAAUUGUGCGUUUUUAUUGAAAAACUUAUGCAGUUUGGAAGAGGCUAGGAUUUCUGUUGCUGAAACUAAUGGAUGCAUUACUUCCCUUGCUGGACUACUUGCGACCGGCAGUUACAGGGAUCAAGAAAAUGCAGUGGCUGUUCUCCUUUCACUGUGCUCUCAACGUGUUCAGUAUUGUCAGUUGGUCAUGGAUGAGGGUGUCAUUCCUUCUCUUGUUGAUAUAUCUGUCAAUUGCAAUGACAGGGGCAAGGCAAGUGCAUUGGAAUUGCUCCGAUGCUUAAGAGAUGUCGAGUAUGAUGAUGAUCGAGAGUGCCCUGAACCUUAUAUUGAUGCCUCUAGAGACUCUCCAAAUCCUUCUAAAGAAAGGAAAUCAACAAAGGCUUCUGGAUUUCUUGGAAGGAUAUCGGCUUUCACAAAAAAGAAGAAAUGAAACUGUCUUCAGCUCAUUUUUAACAUAGUGGUAGCUGAAGAUAUCUUAUCAUCAUAUUAUGGCAAAUGAAGUAGAAUCUGCUUGGUAAGAUUCUCUUUCUCUGCUAGCCUGUAGAGAUUUUCUGUUUUUAGGGAAUGGAGCAAUGAUUUCCUCAUGUAUAGUUAGUGGGUGGAUUGGUUUUUAGGCUCUAGUAGUGAUUCUCUACCUGUACUUUUUGUUAGCUGUAAUUAUUACUUCAUGAUGUAUUUGCUGCCAUUUUCUAGAUAAUAGCUUGUCAAGAUUGUACAGAUUUGUGCUGUUCGAUGUGUUGUGUACUUAUCUUA